GGUAGGGCGGCGAUCAACGAAGUCUCUAUCGUAGGGGAUUGUUCCAAUUUCAUGGAUCCUAUAUCGUUCUUGCUUCUUGUUAGAACCCUCUUUCGUACUGUCAUGUCAGCUCCUUCCAUGUUACUGUACAUUAUUUAGCCAUUGGCACAUAUUUCUUCUGAAUUUUUAUCCAUUGCCCUUGUUAUAAGCCAAAUACAUGUGAUAUCUGAUUUCCCAAAUCAUUUCUGUCAACUUUUUUCCUUAUACACUCAUUUUGUCCUUUUUCCGUGUUCGUCUAAUUAAUUUAGUUCUGAAAUGGCGUUAAAAACAGGUCUACAUUCUAAUCCUAACCCACACGCCCAAAUUAAACAAAUUGUAGUAUUAUCAAAAUUCCCUUUCUUUCCUCUCAUUUUCCUUCAAAAAUACCACCACAUGCAGACAGAUCUGGACUUUUAGUGAAUUUUCUUUCCAGUUAUUUUUUUUCCUUUAUAACCUUGAUUAAUUUGUCUGUGUCUUAGAAAGCUGUCAGAUUUAUUAGCACUAAUGAAGUUGAGGAAAAAGAUCACAUUAAACUAAAAGCCUAAAAGGGGGUCCCUCGUAGCCUCACAUGCCCGAUUAAUUUAUAGCAUGAGUUUCUGCGUCCAUUUUUAUUCAUUCAGUUUACUUUACAUAUUAUUUUUUGCACUCACUUCCUGGUUUUCGAGUUUCCUCCUUACUCAACCAAAUCUCCUCCUCUGUUUUUGUCUCUGUUUUUUUUGCCUCCCUUAAAAAAAAAAAUGUCAACCGGCAAGAAAAAACUCAUCCUUAACUCUGUCGCCGUCGAUCUCGGCUGCGGCAGUUGCAGGCGUCCUAAGCUUCUUCUCUCCCACAUUUUCCACCCCAAAAAAAUCCGCCGCCAUUCCGAUUACCGGAAACGGACCCGCAAACCCGACAAACACUAUUACUCCUCUUCUGGUUCUCUGGAGACGACUAAUACCUCCACUUUUUCGGAUGAAACGCCGGCGUAUUAUUCUUCCGACACCGAGUCCGACAUCAAAAGCUUGAGGGCGGUUCAGGGAUUUGGGAAGCUGGGAGGGGAGAGUGUGGCGGUGGAGAAAGAUUCCGACGACCCGUACCUCGAUUUCCGGCAGUCAAUGCUCCAGAUGAUUCUGGAGAACGAGAUUUACUCCAAGGACGACCUUAAAGAGCUGCUCAACUGUUUCUUGCAGCUGAACUCGCCGUACUACCACGGGGUUAUCGUGAGGGCCUUCACGGAGAUCUGGAAUGGGGUAUUCUCGGUGAGGUCGACGACGGCGUCUCCUUACUUGCAUGGCGGUGGCCGGUGGGGGGAGUCACGUGACUUUUAGUUUCUCAUGCACGUGAUAAACCCGGUUGUCUUCUCUUCUCUAUGUUUUGUUCUAAUUAGAAGAGGGAGGGGGGGUCAAUAAAUAAAAUUUGUCAUCAUCUUAGAGAUUCUUAGCCAAAUUGUGUUGAUGCUAAUGUGUAAAAAUGGCACCCGUGGAAAAUUCGCAUGGCUGCUAAUUAGGUCGUUUUUAACUUUUAGCUUUUAGGAUUUUCUUGUGUGUUUUGUGGGGUCUUUUUUUUAGAUAAUACUCCGUAUGUGUGUGUUCAUGUCAUAGUAUAGUAAUAGCAGCAGUUUUAGUUGUAGUGUAUUAGUAGGUCACUUUUAAUUAACAGUUGUGGGGUUCGAUUUUCACAGCCUUUCUGACUAUAUAAUCUAAGAAUGAAGUUUCAUGUGUUUUAGGUGAGUAAGAGAAUGUGCAGAUGUUUUUUCUCGGAUAAGAUGGUCAAAAAUGCUGUGAAAAUUGUAAUCUGGUUGUAUUAGCUAGCAAAUUAUCAGUGAAUGCAGUUACUUUCUUUGAAUCUUUAGAAGGAAGCUCUUUUUUCUUUUUUAUUAACAUUUGAACAAAUCUGUAUACGAUAUGUGUAGUCCUCUUGAGACUCUCUUUCAUAACUUUGUCCGAAAUACCAAUGUUUUGUUAGUUUAUUAAUUUCGCCAUUUGUGGGUUGAUCAGGGUUUCUAAUAUUCUAAAGCUUUUACAACUCCAAUAUGGUACAUUUUGGAGAAACCAAUGAAUUAUGAUAGGAGGAAGAUGAUGAUGAUGAUGACGACGAGAGUGUUGGGUCAGCCAAACCAAAUUUCAAAGACGGGAGUGUUGGUCAAAAUCAUGGCUGGUAAUAGUACUGCAAAACAGAGAGACUCGCAGAGAAGGUGAGAAAAGAAAGACGUUGGGAUUUGAGAAAUGGUACCAAAAGAUAUUAUAUAUUGAGUUUGGGCCUUGAGGCAGAAGUUUGAAUGCACUUUAAUAAUAAGGGUCACUACAAAAUUUCUUGGGUGCAUUUUCCAACAGUGUCAUCAUUGAUUCGGCCCUGUCCUUGUCCCUUUUUAUUGUUAGUAUUUUCCCACUGCCUUUAGAUAUUGUUAUGAUGGGAGCCUCCAUGGAUUAAGGCAAUGGGUUGCACCGAUCUUUUUUCCCUGCCUUGAAAGCAAUGAAUGUUUAUGGCUUAUGACUCACGAGUGACUCAACGUAUUCUGCCAUACAUAAUUCCACACAGC